UACUCCCCCCUCAAAACCCUAGCCUCACACCGCCACACACUGACGAAAUGGCCGCAGCCGCUCGCCCUCUUGUCACCGUUCAAGCCUUAGAGGGCGACAUGGCCACGGACGCUGCCCCUACUGUACCCCUCCCCGAUGUCAUGAAGGUUCCGAUCAGACCUGAUGUGGUGAGCUUUGUCCACUCCAAUAUAUCCAAGAACAGCCGCCAGCCUUACGCCGUGUCUAAACGCGCCGGUCAUCAGACUUCCGCCGAGUCUUGGGGUACUGGUCGUGCUGUGUCCCGUAUCCCCCGUGUUCCGGGUGGUGGUACCCACCGCGCCGGGCAGGGUGCCUUCGGCAAUAUGUGUCGUGGAGGUCGAAUGUUCGCCCCCACCAAGACCUGGCGCCACUGGCAUGUUAAGAUUCCCGUCAACCAGAAGCGCCAUGCCGUUGUAUCAGCAAUUGCUGCCACUGGUGUUACUUCUCUCGUCCUGGCCCGUGGUCACCGCAUCGAGUGUGUCCCUGAAAUGCCUCUGGUCAUCUCUGACUCUGUGGAGAGUGUUGAGAAGACCUCUGCUGCUAUUAAGGUUCUGAAGCAGAUCGGAGCUUAUGCCGAUGCUGAAAAGGCAAAGGACAGCCAUGCCAUCCGCCCCGGGAAGGGUAAGAUGAGGAACCGCAGGUAUAUCUCUCGUAAGGGUCCUCUUAUUGUUUAUGGAACUGAGGGGGCGAAGCUUGUGAAGGCUUUCAGAAAUAUUCCUGGUGUUGACGUAGCCAAUGUUGAGAGGUUGAAUCUGCUCAAGUUGGCUCCUGGUGGACACCUUGGAAGGUUUGUGAUCUGGACCAAGUCAGCUUUUGAGAAGCUGGACUCAAUCUAUGGGUCAUUUGACAAGAUCUCCGAGAAGAAGAAGGGAUAUGUUCUGCCCCGCCCCAAGAUGGUGAAUGCUGAUCUCGCUAGGAUUAUUAAUUCCGAUGAGGUGCAGUCAGUGGUGAGACCAAUCAACAAGGAGAUCAAGAGGGCUCCACUGAAGAAGAACCCGCUGAAGAACUUGAACACCAUGCUGAAGCUGAACCCAUAUGCCAAGACUGCUAGGAGAAUGUCCCUCUUGGCUGAGGCACAGCGUGUCAAGGCUAAGAAGGAGAAGCUUGAGAAGAAAAGGAAGCCCAUUUCAAAGGAGGAGGCCGCAGCAAUCAAGGCAGCAGGCAAGGCAUGGUACCAGACAAUGAUCUCCGAUAGUGACUAUGCUGAGUUUGAGAACUUCUCAAAAUGGUUGGGCGUCUCACAGUGAUCUAAAUCUAUGCUUUAGUAAUUCUAUUAGACCAUAUUUUGUUAAUUGCUUUUGUUUGGUUGCCAGACUUUAUGUUUCUUAUACUUUUUCUUUUUUUGGAGUUAUGGAUGAGAAUAGUGUUGAAGAAUCUGAGCAUGAGUCCCAGACUCCUAAACUCAAGACUUCUUCCCAAUUUUUUAGUAUCUUUUUUCUUUUUCUUUUUUUUUGGCUAGGUGGAACAAUUUCUUUGCAGAGUUCUACUAGUAAUUUCAGAAAUGUUAUUGUUUCGAAUUACUAUU